CGGCAGUAGUUGGAUUGGCAUCGGCAGCAAUAUUUGGCGCGCUCCCGCGAGUUUGCGCGAGUUAUUUGUCGUCAGCCGGAGAAAUGUGUUUUGUACUUUGAGUUUCCAUAGAUUUAACUGAAUUAUCGGCACCUGUGCAAAAUGGGCACUGUAACUGACGCUGACCUGUUGUCAGAGCUGGAAAUGUUCGGUGUUGACGACGUGAAGACUGAAUGCAUGUCGAAAAUGAAGGAACUUUGUUUGACAUACGGGUGCGAUGCGGAACAGUUUUCAUGUGACUGGAUAGCAUUCACUUCGAGGAAAAGUGUCGGACCAGCAGACAUAACAUUGCAGUUACUAGAGGACUUAGAACGAGAGGAACUGUCUCAGAAACGACUAAAACCAGAGGUGCACACACCUGUCGCAAAGAAGCCGGCACCUAAGGUGUUCAAUGUCAAAGAAGAGAGAGAUGUUCAAGACUAUGACAUGGGCGACGACGUUCUGGAAAGCUAUGGGAUGAGUAGUGAGUUGUUGAAGAAAAGACAGCGGACGCCAGACACAAGGAUUUCGAAGCGACUGAUGGAUUCAUCAGGCAGCCCUUCCAUUGUUUUCUCACCAGCCUCCUUUUCUCCAAAAAGCUUGACAGCAUCUGCAAAGUACACUUCCAGAACAACAUCUGGUGAUGUCGUUGCCUAUCUCCGCCAACAGGAGACGGUCGACUGGAAAUGUCGUUCCUCGGAAGAAAUUUGUACGCAGUUACUACAGCCAGGAUCGAUAGUGACAAAAAAUGUGCUCUACAUGUUUGAGCAAAACCUUGACAAGGCAGCGGCACUGAAUGCGAUUGCUGGGGACUACGCUGAUAUGUACCAAGAGGACAUGGGGGGUGAACAGUUUGUCAAUAUUAAGAGCAUAUUUCAGGAGAGCAGUUACGUAACAGGGAGAGUUUACUGCGACAGCUUGGGAAAAAUGAAUGCCACAUCCCUCAUACUCGAAGGCGGGGAUUCAAGUAACGGAAACUGGGUGCCGCUAAACAUAUCGAACUUGAAGCAGUAUUCUUUCUUUUCUGGACAGGUAAUUGCUGGAAAAGGAAUCAACCCAACGGGACAAGCAGUCGUACUGGAAGAGCUACUUGAGGGAAAGAUACCACCUUUUCCAAAGGCACCUCCAGAGCUUAAAGAACCCCUGCACAUAGUCAUUGCCUGUGGUCCCUACACAACAACAGAGGACUUAAGCUUCCAACCCAUGACAGAUUUCAUUAAUUAUAUCACCGAACAUAAACCCCAAGUGUGCAUAAUGGCUGGCCCAUUUAUAGACAGCAGACACGAAUUAAUUCAGAAGGGAAAUUUACCAGAAUCUUACGACACAAUAUUCCAAAAGCAAGUUCAGACUCUCGCAUCAAUUCUGGAAAACACCAAAACAAAAAUAGUGCUCAUACCCUCUCAAAGGGAUGUGCAUCAUGACUGUGUAUAUCCAACACCACCGUUUCGAUUGGACAGAACGUACAAGAACGUUCUGUGUGCUCCAGACCCGUGCAUACUGGACAUCAAUGGCUUCGUUAUCGGAAUGACAGCUGUGGAUGUCUUGUUCCAUCUCGGGAAGGAGGAAAUAUCCCCACCUGGCGCCUCGGACAGGUUAUCAAGACUCGCGAAACAUGUCCUGACGCAGCACUGUUUCUACCCACUGUACCCUGCAUCAGAAGAUGUCGGGCUUGACUGCACGCUCUUGGAAGACAGCGGAAGGUUUUCAACCACUCCGCACCUGCUUGUCUUACCAUCUGAUUUGAGGUCUUUCGUAAAGGACAUCCACGGCUGCAUCUGCGUUAAUCCGGAACGCGUCACGAAAGGUAUCGUGGGUGGGACGUUUGCACGUGCGGUUGUUAAUCCCGUUUCGGCAAGCUCUUACCAGGGAAGUAUGGCGCAGAAUGUUAGUGUAGAAGUUGUGAAGAUAUAGGAACCUGUAAAUAACUAUUUUGAUGUCAUCUUGUUUUUUUUUUAUGCUGUGCUGUAUUUAACAGGCUAAUAACCAAUAUCUUUUUGUUACCUG